AUGCAUUAUAUGAUAAGUGCUAUGAUUAGUUAUUUGGAAUUGGAAAAUAAUCAUGAUUUGAAGUGUAACUGUAAUCAUCUUAAAAAGAUAAAUCUAACUAAUGAAGAAUGGAUAACUAUUAAGCAAUUAAUUCCUGUUUUAUGUCUAUUCGCUAAUGCUACAGAGUUUCUCAGUAGUAGUAAUUACUCAACAAUUAGCUGUAUAUAUCAUGCAAUUUUACUUAUAAGGUCAGAUCUUGCAUCAAGUGAAGAUUAUAUAAAAAUGAUAAACUUUACAGAUCCAAGUACUGUAUUUGAUAAAGAUAUUGGAUAUAAAGAUGCUAAUAAGGAUAUUGAUAAUAAUCCUUCUAUUCCUUGUUGUAAAAUUCGUAUAAAUGCUCCUCAAAAUUGUUAUAAUAUUAUUUUAUGA